UUCGCCCAAUCGCAGUGCGGUACAAUUCAGCGAUACCGCCAGUAGCUCCAAGAUGGACAUCGGCCGCGUACUGCUCCGAGACGCGCACUACGUAUGGCGCGAGCGUGUGGCUGUUUUGGAGAAGGAUGCGGUGGUGCUACAAGCUCCGUCUUCGGCUUGGCAAGCAGCAGCAUCUGCAAUCUCUCGCUCCUCGAAGAAGACGAAGUCGAAGCUGAAGCCGAAGCCUAAACUAACCAAGCAGCGCAGCAAACCGAAGGCAUCGCCGCCUGCUGAGCUGUUGCCUUUGGACGGAUCAUUGAGCUGUGAGGGGAUCGUGGUGUCCUCCGCUCAUAUGCACUCAGUACGUCUACAGGACCUUCGCUCCGGCCGCGAGUUCCUUGUGGAUGCCACUUCCAAAGGGAAGAAGCAGGUGUGGAUCGAUCUCUUCGCUAGCGCUCGAAGUAGAGCGAAUAUCAGUAGUAAUUGGCGUGGAGAGGUGUCGCUGAUGGAUACAGAGGACAGCAGGGAAAUAGUGGGGAGUGUACGGUCACUAACACUGCUGGACAUGCAGCAAGCUGUGGAGAUGCUGGCGGCCGCGACGGAUAGCGACACAGAAGUAGCAAUUGUUCGAGGCUACGAUGUGGAGAGCAUUCUUCUCGGAGACGGUAGUGCAGCGGAUUUUACUGAGAGCGAAGCAUCUGUAUUGGCUCGUAAACUUGUGGAUGAGGACGUCCUGGUACCAUUUUGCUGCUCGUGCAGCUUUGUGUACCGUGCGGACAGAGUGUAUCGCUUGAAUACCGAUCAUCGUUUGGUUAAGGAAACACAAGUCAUGACAAUUAAUAGUGAAUCGGAGGAAAUUCAGCAGGAUGGAACUGAGCGAUGUCGUGGUCACUUGUUGUGGCAGCACGACAGCGUGUUUCAAGAACUGUUAGCGCAGUUCGAGGAUGGAGAAGAAGGUAUUUCAGGGACGGAUGGGGUUCAAGCUUUACUACGCUUUGGAGCGUAUAGUGUUCCAACUGCUUUGGCUUUGGCGAACGAGCUCUUACGUCACGAUUUUAUUGUGGAAUGCUCGUCCAGCGACAAUAACUCGUUUCAGAUGAACACAGCGACCAGAUACAAGAAGGUAUGCAUAGAAACCUCGAACAACGAUGUCGUAGACGACAACAAGCGCCGCGCUGUUGUCUCGAAUGAACGAGCGACACGAUCGUUGCAGGAUCGUCACCGAUUGGAAGCACAAGUGCAGAAGCUGAAGCAGAAGUACAUGCGGCUCCUCAACUUAUUCUGCUUCUGCUGCGUCCUUGUGCUGCUGAACGCUCUCGUCACCACUGUGCUGUUACCUGGUCCACUCAAACUCAGUCUUGUGACAGGGCUAUUAUUAUGGCUGACUUUGAGUGGCGCGACGGCUACUCUUUCUAUCAAUUUCCAGCCACGGAACCACGAAGAAGAGCUUAUCCAACCUCCUCAACCCUUACGCGACAUGAGCGAGAAGACACUUGAUCUUCUGCAUUUAAAUCGGAGCCCGAUCGCUAAAUCUUCGUCUAAAAACUAUUCUGCGAAUAGAAGAAGAUCCGCAACAACAGACCUCAUGCAAGAUUCCAUGGACCGCGCUGUGAUCACGCUGACACGCGCUGAAGAAGCUGAGGUGCACUCGUUCCGCCUGGCAAUCGCUCAAGCUGCCUCCGUACAUAUUGACGCGACCCAUGUGUUCGCGGAUGAAUAUCUUUUCAGCGUCCUACGCGUAAAAAAUCGUGCGUUUGCGUACGCGGUGACGAAAAUGGCUCGUAUCAUUGAGUGGAGAUGCACUUACCAAGUGGAUUCGAUCACCUGGGAUGACGUAAAGUCUCAGUUGGCAUCGGGGAAUAUGUACUGGUAUGGUUACGACUUCCAGAAUCGCCCAAUUCUUUGGGUUCGUGCGAUGUUGAAGGACUGGACGACGAUGGCAAGUCGACGUGAAGCGGAGGUCCGUGCGCACGUGUACCUGUUAGAGCUUGGAUGUCGACGGUUUAUGCCGCCUGGAGUCACUACGUACACUAUUGUGACAGACUCGGCUGGAUUGGGUAUGGCACAAGUUGAUCUUCGUCUUAUGCGUGGAUUGCUGGAUGUGUGUGUAGCCAACUUCCCUGAUCGAAUUGGUCUUGUUCAUGCUGGUCCGUUGACACGCUUCCUCAAGUAUAUAACGUCGUGGCUAUGGCCAUUCCUACCCAUACGUCUGCGUGGCAAGGUUUCACUUAUGCAGGACUGUGCUAUGGAGCUAGCCAAGCACAUGGAUACACAUCUCAUCCCACUGCACAUGGGCAGCACCACUAUGCAUAACCUUCGUACACCAACGAAUAACCCAACGGAAGCUGACGAUAUUAUGGAAAUCGAUUACAUGAUCGAUCAACAGAAGCGCUUUAUGGAGGAACAGAAGAUUCAGUAAUACCUCUUUUGCAUUGGAACGAAAGGGAUACCGUAUAACAGGUUAUAACUGCAUUUAAUGCAGUUAUCCUCGCUUAAUUUCUGUUGGGUUAAAUGAGUAAGUGUCAGUCCUUAUCGCAUCAUAUCUAUGCAUUGCCUUCCAAGCAACGUACCGAAAGUGUAGAAUAGCUUGAGAUGCUCAACAUGAUCGUCGUCGACGAAGAUGAAUCUGCCC